AUGACAUCGCGAUCGAUUGAGCAAGAGAAUGCUAUUGCCGUGGAGAAAAUCAACAUAUCGGUGACGGCGUCUGCCAGCGAAAAGAAGAGAGGAGGAAAACGGAAGAAAGUCAAGGAAGUGAAAGAGAAGAAGCAUGUUGCUGCGACAGCUCCGAAGAAGAAAACCGUCUCCACUCAUGAGGUCUUUUCGUCUUCAUCUCCCUUAUUAUUUCGCCUUCCUCUAGAAAUCAGCAAAGAGAGCAACAACCUCUGCAAUCGCAACAAACACUCUGGUUUGGAAAACAAAAAGAUAGUGACCAUUGAGCCAGCUGAUAAGGAGCAAGGUGUUGUACUUGGAAUCACCAAGACCAAGAAGCAAAACAGACGUAAACUCUCUGUUAACAAAUUUUUCCUCAAGAAGGAGUUCCCAAAGAUGAUCAAAGCUAUUGUCAACUAG